AUGGGCUCAAAGAAACCGAGCACGUGGUCCGUGACGCUCAAGAGAGACGGCAAGUCUCAACCGUGGGGCAUCCGAUUGGCCGGCGGAGCUGAUCUCAACACUCCACUGAUCAUAACCAAGGUCUACGCCAGAUCACCCAGUGAAAGUAGCCUGAGAGUGGGUGACAUCAUACGGAAAAUCGAGGUGUACGACGCUCGAGACUUGAGACAUUUGGACGCUCAAAAUUUGUUCGGCAACGCCGACCAGUCGUUAACUUUAGUCAUCCAAAGGGAUGCUCCUCAGUUUAACGGCAGCAGCACCAACAGCAGCCCAAUUCCGGUGGCCAAUAACCAUCAUCAGCAGCAGAAUGCCACCGCUCGACCAAUCGGAAACGGUCUUUACGGUUACGAGAGAUCAGUCCAGUCUCCCGUCAACAAUUUCUGCCGUUUUCCGCCGUCGCUGGUCGACAGUCCGUCUCCGUGCGACUGGGACGAGGCGCACGAACAGGUGGCGCUCGACCAACAGGUGAGAGCGAUGAUAUUCUAUACUGCAAAGUAG